AUGUUGUCUCGUUCAGCCGUUCGUGCCUACAGCUCUUCUGCCGUCAAAUUGGUUGCCAGAGAUGCUCCAGGUAAUUUGUCCACUUUAACAGUUGUUGUGAACAAUGCUGGUUCCAAAGCUGGUAAGGCUGGUGUAGCCCAUUUGUUGUCUAAGUACAACUUCCUUAACAAUGAAGUCAAAUCCGCAUUAAGAUUUACCAGAGAAUCGGAAUUGUUGGGUGGUUCAUUUGCUUCUACAGUCACCAGAGAUGAUAUCAUUUUGUCCACCCAAUUCUUAAAGCAAGAUUUACCAUACUACGUUGAAGCCUUGGGUAAUGUUUUAACCAAGACUUCCUUCAGACCUCACGAAUUAUCUGAAAUUGUGUUACCAGCUGCUAAGGCUGAUUUCACCACUGCUGCUGCUGACAAUGCUUUCAUUGCUCUUGAAGAAUUGCAUCAAUUGUCUUUCAGAACUGGUUACGGUAACCCAUUAUAUUACGACAACACCACCAAAUUGUCUGUUGCUGAUGUCCAAUCCUUUGCCUCUCAAGCUUACACUUCCAGUGGUGUUUCUAUUUUUGCUUCUGGUGUCAAUGAAGCUGAUUUGGCUGGUUUCGUUGGUGAAUCUGCCUUCUCCGAAUUGCCAGCUGGUUCUCUUGCUUCUCCAGCUGUUAAGACCUUCACCGGUAAGGAUGCUAGAAUCAGAGCUUCGGGUGCUUCCAGUGCAUUGAUAGGUGUCCCAGUAAAGCCUGCUGAUUUUGCCAAGUUUGAAACCUUGUCUGUUGCAGUCGGUAGCACUGUCUUGCCCAACCCAUUUGCUCCAUUGGCUUCUAUCCCAGGUGCCACCUCCCAUUUAUACAAGUACAAGGACGCCGGUUUGUUCGUUGUCUCCGUCACGGGUGCCAAUGGUGCUGUUGUCAGUGAAGGUAUUAAGCAAGCUAAGAAGAUUGUUGAUGGUGUCACUUCUUCUCAAUUGAGCUCCGCUAGUAAGGAUGCCGAAUUAGCUUUGACCUUGCAAUCUACAUUCGAAGCUCCUUUGGAAACUGCUGUUUCUUCAGUUUCUGAAGCCAAGUUGGGUGCUUUCAACUAUGUUGCCAUUGGUGAUGUUGAUGCUUUGCCAUACCCUGAAGAAUUGUAA